AUGUCCUCCUCAACAGACACAGACCCCUUCCUCCAAGUCCAAGCCGACGUCAUCUCCGCACUCACAGCAACCCGCCCCCUCUUUUCCUCCUACGUCCGCAUACGCUCCCUAGCAACAUCCCCCACAAACCCGGAACUCCAGCAAGCCCGCUCGGAGCUUGAAACAACCCUCCAAGACCUCUCCGCCGACCUCAAGGACCUAGUCGAAAGCGUCCGCGUUGUCGAGCACGAUCCAUACCGCUACGGCCUUGAAUUAGACGAAGUAGGCCGCCGACGACAACUAGUCGAAGAUGUUGGGAGGGAAAUCGAAGAGAUGCGCGCAGAGCUUGUGCGGACCGUUACAGCUAGUGCAGUCAAAGGGACAACUGGCGUUCGCGGGCAAUCUGGACUACCCGACCCCUCACAUUUCGACUAUGGACAUGAUGACCACCUGCUCGACGAUGGCGAGCGGGACGACUACUAUGCGCAGUUUGAGCAGCAGCGGCAGCAGGAGUUGAUGACGGAGCAGGACCAGCAGAUUGAUGGGGUGUUUCAGACCGUGGGUACACUGCGGCGGCAGGCGGAUGAUAUGGGUCGUGAGCUGGAGGAGCAGACGGAGAUGCUGAAGGAUGUGGAUUCUUUGGCGGAUCGGGUUGGGGGGAAGUUGCAGGGUGGGGUUAGGAGGGUGGGGAAGAUUAUUAGGCGGAAUGAGGAUACGGCAUCAAACUGCUGCAUAGCGGUGUUGAUUAUGGUGUUGAUCCUCCUAUUAAUUUUGGUGAUAGUUCUCUAA